AUAACCUGUGAAAGUGAAUUGCGGUUUAAGUUUGAUGCAUUUCCUGCACAGUGCUCUUAUUCAAUUGAUUUAAUUAUUGCCACUAUUUAAAUGAGUUAGUGAUAAAGCGCAGAGCGUUAAAAUAUUAUUAAAUUUAUAAAAGUUGUGAUAUAGCUGUUGAAAAUUAUUGAAAGAAGUUGCCUUGAUGCGAUGACUGGUGCUGCGGCAUUGUAAAAUAAAAUGCGGGGCAUUCAAUUAUUGGAGUAAAUUAAACUAUUCGAUAACUAUAAAGACUUAAAAUCAGUGUUAUGACAUGCAAAUGAAAAAUACAAAGAAAAUUUGUAUUUUAGCAUUGCCUUACAUACCAGUGAUCUCACAGACGGUGAAAUGUCCUGGGGUUAUUUGGAUAUUCAUCCCACCAUUUAAAUAAAAGUUGAAAACAAAAAAUAAAUUAUUAGUACAUUUUUCAAUUCAGCUUAAAAAUCUCAAAAUGAGUUUUGUGGAAACGGUCCGCGGAUUUCAUGCUUUGGGCUGCGACGAUCAAGUGAAGUGUGCUUUGGGCGUUCGAGUGUUUCUGGACUUGGAAUGUGAUAAACGCGUCACUAAUUUGGAAAAGUGUUACGAUAGCAAUUUGAAUUUGGUUUAUUUAAAAGGAGUGCGCAAUAAUGUUACUGUUAUUUUUGUUCCCAUUUUGUCCAGCCGACAGUUAAAUUUCCUUGAUAUUGAGAAUUAUCAAAAGAAACUAAUUGGAACUGAUUCAAAAAACUCAAGCAUAACUUUGGCCAUUUGUGAUACCUCAUCCAAUAUUCUUUAUUACCAAGUGACGCCAGACGUGUUCAAUAAAAAAUAAUGGUUAGCUGAAAAUUCACAAAAUCAGUUUAGUGAUACUUACAAUUGUGGGCACAAACGGCGGUUUCACUUUUCGCAACAACAAAUCAUCCCAACUGAUUGAGCGGAAGAACGCUUGCUUUUUGACAUCCUCAGCAUCGCGCUCUGAUGAGCCCAAUCUACGUUCUGGAUUUUUCCGCAAUAACUAAAAUAAAUAAAAAUAAAAAUAUUUUGCAUUACAUGUAUUUGAUAAUAAUAAAAGCAUAAUAAAUCUUUCGAAUUACCCGA